GAGUCCUUCCAUGCUACCGUACUAUGUAGUAUGGCAGACUAGUGCACCAUUGAGAAUAGCGCUUUUUCUUGUUUGUUUUUUUUAAAAUACUAAAUUAAUACACACUAUUUAGUACGGUAGUACGACGUUUCCAAUAUAGUUAUGAUGGUAUAUGUUAUUAAGGUACCUGAACACUUCACUGUGUUAAUGUCAGCGCGCGCACGAUUCGGCUCAUUUUUAGUGAUAUUCAUUAAAUACAUAAAGGAAGCAGUUUGUUUAAAGUGCACAGGCAGUUUACUGCAAGAAUUCUCAGCAUACCUUUACUAUAACCAUGAAACUGAAAGAACUGGAGAGCUGCCUGCAGCAAGUGGAUGGGUUUGAGGAACCAAAGAUCCUCCUUGAACAGUAUCCCACCGGCCCACAUAUAGCAGGUUGCAUGCUCUACACCAUCCACAACACAUUUGAUGACAUUGAAAAUAAACUGGUUGCUGAUCUGGGUUGUGGAUGUGGAGUACUUAGUAUAGGAGCUGCUGUCUUGGAUGCAGGACUGUGUGUAGGAUUUGACAUCGACAGUGAUGCGCUAGACAUCUUCAAACGAAAUGUGGAAGAAUUUGAGCUGCCAAACAUCGACAUGGUCCAGUGUGACAUCUGCUCUAUAGGACCGUUAUACACAAAGAAAUUUGACACAGUGAUCAUGAACCCUCCGUUUGGCACAAAACACAAUCAGGGUAUCGAUAUGCAGUUCCUGAAGACAGCCCUUUCUAUGUCGAAGGGAGCAGUUUAUUCUCUUCAUAAAACUUCUACACGAGAUCACAUACAGAAGAAAGCGAGUGAAUGGAAAGUGAAAAUGGAAGUAAUCGCAGAACUUAGGUAUGAUCUACCAGCAUCGUAUAAGUUUCAUAAAAAGAAAUCGGUUGAUAUCCAGGUGGACUUCAUUCGAUUCACCCCCAUGUGAACCUUGUUCUGAAAUAAGAUCUUGAACUUUCUAUUGACGUUGUUUUUCUAUCAUGGAUAUAUUUUAAAAUAUUUUGUUCUUUUGACUGGACUCUGGACUGUUGUAAGUUUAUUUUAAUAUUUCGAGGUGUAUCUAGAUAUUCAGAAAGUAAUAUAAGAACCAUACUUUGUAGUUUCUGAGAUUUCCCUCUAGAUGGCAGUGAUGGAAUUGACUUUGCAGGUCUGGUAGUUAAAAGAGAAUUAAAAUUUUUUGGAAUGUACAAUAAUGUAAUAAUAUUGUAUAAAUUUUUAUAUAAAAUUACAUAUUCACACAUA